UCCGGCUAGACGGUACAGACGAGAUGCUCAGUGAGAGUAAGCGCGCGAGGUGGUCGCGCGAAUGGGGGGUCAAAGGAAAGAGAGGGGGCAACAGAAGGAUAGACAGGCCUUUUCAGACCCCUCGGUGACCAGUUUAGUUUCUGGUAGGCAUCCGAACUGCCGCGCUGCGCAUGGUCCAGGGAUGACACGGUAACCAGUCAUCAGUCAGCGUUUUCGAGAGAGCCCGGUUCGAUGAUUAUUCGAUGAAACACGAUGGGAAGAAUGACACGAAAUAAUUCUGCUGCGCGAUGUGCUCCGUCGAUCGCGGCGCUCGCCGUCAGAGAUCGUAUCGGUGUUAGUGCAGUCUGACGUUUCUGGGAAGCGAGCGGUUUAACAACUCGCGGCGAUCACUCACGCGCGCCGUUCACGCUGUUGCAUGUCAGAGUUAAAUAAUGUGUUUUUCCUGAAUUAUGAAAUCGAAAAAAAUUAGAAUUGUACCGUGAGAGACGCGUUGAACUUAGAACCAAGGAUGACAGCUCAGUUAAAACGAAGUUGCAAAACACGUAUCUAGAAAAUACGAAGUGAACGGGUGAACCCGCUACCGUGCCGAUUGCAAAUACCACUCGCGCGCGGUAUAUCCCUCGAGCGGGAAUUCGCGCGGUUCGCGUGACGCGUUCGCGAUCGCGCUUUUUUUUCCCCCCUCCCCGAAAUGAUAUUUAAUCGGAGCGCGGGAGAGCCGCGAGCCGAUAAAAUUCGACGAUAAAAAACGCUGCAGUGUGUGCCGUGCGUGAAAACGCGGAGAGCGAACUCGGUUUUUUUUUUCACGCUCGAACGCGCGUUUUACCGCGGCAAGCACUUGCCGCUGGUUAAAUGACACUUGUGAAAUCGACGCACACAUUUUCACCGCUCCGAGCGAGAGCCAUUGGGAAGGAGGGUCGUUGGACGGGGGACAUUCGUACUCGACUCACUUUCGAGCAGUACGUUACGAGAACACUUCCUUGAAGGCAACACCGAUCGCGAGGUGUUUUUCCAAUUCGGGAAAAUUCGAGGAGAAAUUCGGGAAACGCGCGCCAUCGUCCUCGAGAACGAUCCAAAGUACCGGGUGGUUCUCCUAUUCAUUUAAACUCACCAUACUUUAUCACCAUAUUUUUACGUCGAAGACUGACGUCGAAGUUGUUUCUGGGAAGCCGCGUUACGAAGUUAAAGUCACGAAGAUAUGGGAGCGAGUCGUCGUCGGUACGUUCGGGUCUAAGAAUAUCGCGGUGUGGAUCGUUGAACCAGAGCUUCCUUUCUUCUUUCCACGUGUCGAGGUGCCCGGGAGAAAUAAAUCAGAAACUUUCUCUGGCGACGCGCUCGGCUCGACAGUACAGCGUAAACGAUGUCGGGGGACACCACGUCCGAUGAUGAAGGAUCGCAGGAGGAUCCGCCACGAUACGACGUCGACGAUUUAGAAAUCAUCAAAACGAUUGGUACAGGCACCUUCGGCAGGGUGGUUCUCUGUAGGCAUCAUGGAACAUUUCUCGCUCUGAAAAUCCUCUCCAUGGUCGAUGUGAUCAGACUGAAGCAGGUCGAGCACUUGCGCAAUGAAAUCACAAUUCUGAAGGAAGUUAAACACCCAUUCAUUGUCAACAUGCUGUGGAGCGGCAGGGACGAAGCCAGAGUUUAUAUGCUGCUGGAAUUCGUCGCCGGCGGUGAGCUCUUCUCUUACUUGAGGGCGGCCGGGAGAUUCGCCGGACCCACGAGUUGCUUCUACGCAGCCGAGAUAGUUUGCGCCCUGGAUUAUUUGCACAGCAAACAUAUAGUUUACCGGGACCUCAAGCCGGAGAAUCUUCUCCUCGACAGUCAGGGCCAUCUCAAAAUCACCGAUUUCGGCUUCUCCAAGAAACUUACGGACAGAACGUGGACCUUGUGUGGCACGCCAGAAUACUUGGCGCCGGAAAUAAUUCAAAGUAAAGGACACAAUAAAGCCGUGGACUGGUGGGCGUUAGGCGUUUUAAUUUACGAGAUGCUGGCGGGAUACCCGCCGUUCUUCGACGACAACCCUUUCGGGAUCUACGAGAAGAUCCUGAGCGGUAGGAUAGAAUGGCCGAAGCACAUGGAUCCCAUCGCCAAGGAUCUGAUCAAGAAGUUGUUGAUCGCUGACAGAACGAAGAGACUGGGAAACAUGAGGCAGGGCGCCGAGGACGUCAAGAGGCACCGUUGGUUCAAGCUGGUCGAAUGGCCGCUGGUGCCGCAAAGAGCCUUGACACCGCCGAUAAGGCCACGCGUGAAAACGCCCGGCGAUGCAAGCUGCUUCGACGAUUAUCCUGAAACCGACUGGCGUUCCCAACCGCCCUUGCCACCGGACCAGCUAGCUCUAUUCCAAGAUUUUUAACACGACGGUACACCGUCGAAUAGUCACAAAUAUUCUACACUCGCAAAUUCAUCAAGGCACCGCGCUCGAUAGAAGAACUCACUUUGUGGUAUAGAACAAUCGCGAAUCACGAUUCGACGAUACGUUGAUAACAAAUAAUUUUCCAUUCUGUACAUAGGUAACUUUUUAUAUUUUGUUGCAUAUUAUUUAUUUGUACGUGCUCUAGGUUAGGCAUUUCUCCUCGUUGUUUUCGUGAGAUUCUGUAAAUAAAGGUUGAACAGUAAAUUUUAA